AUCAGGUGAGCCGAGAUGGGUGCUUACAAGUACAUCCGGGAGCUAUGGAGGAAGAAGCAGUGCGAUGUCAUGCGCUUUCCUCUCAGGGUGCGCUGCCGGCAAUACUGCCAGCUCUCGGCCCUGCACAGCCCCCGCCCUACCCGGUCCGAUAAGGCGUGCCGACUGGGAUGCAAGGCCAAGCAAGGUUACGUCACAUACUGGAUUCGUGUGCGCCGUGGUGGCCGCAAACGCCCCGUUCCUAAGGGUGCUACCUACGGCAAGACUGUCCACCAUGGUGUUAACCACCCGAAGUUUGCUCGGAGCCUUCAGUCUGUCACCGAGGAGCGAGCUGGACGCCACUGUGGGGCUCUGCGGGUCCUGAAUUCUUACUGGGUUGGUGAAGAUUCUACAUACAAAUUCUUUGAGGUUAUCCUCAUUGAUCCAUUCCAUAAAGCUAUCAGAAGAAAUCCUGACACUCAGUGGAUCACCAAACCAGUCCACAAGCACAGGGAGAUGCCAGGGCUGACAUCAGCAGACCGAAAGAGCCCUGGGCUUGGAAAAGGCCACAAGCUUCACCACACAAUUGGUGGUUCUCGCCGUGCAGUUUUGAGAAGGCGCAAUUCUCUCCAGCUCCACCUUUACCGCUGAUAUAAGUAAUGUUUGUAAAAUUCUUACCUAAUAAACAAUUUAAGACAUU